AUGCGUUUCAACACUCUGGUGGGCCUCGGCCUUCUGGCAGCCGAGUCUGCCCUUGCAGUCCCCUGCCCACCGGCAAGCGUCUCGACCGCAACCAUAGAUGUGACUACUACCGCGACGCAGAAUAUCACUGAUGCGGCGACGGACACUGUUACAAUGACAGAGUCCGUGUUUGAGACCAAUACCGUUAACUCAACGGCUGUGGUGACCUCCACAGAGGUGGAUCUUGUUGCUACGACCAGUACCGCAACUGUCAACGCCACAGAGACUGAGUUUACUACUGUCAACUCAACGGUCGUGUUCACGUCUACAGAGACUGAUGUGGACGUUGCCACCACAACUGCAACUGUCAACUCGACUGCUGUCUUUACCAUUACAGAGACAGAGGAGGUCACCAGCACCGAGACUGACACUGUUAACAACACAGCCGUGUUCACGACUACUGAGGCUACUACGGCUACAACUGUUGUCUUUGUCACAAACUCGACUACUGUUACUCAGACUUCUACUGUCAAUGCUACAGAGACAGCCUUUGAGACUGAUACGGUUCUCACCACUGCUACGGUGAACACUACCUCAACUGUCAACGUCACUGCUACAACAGUUGAGACCAACACAGCUUUCGUUACUUCGACUGUUGAUACUACGGCAACUGUAAACACCACAGCCACGGAUUUCGUCACUGCCACUGUCAACACUACAGCCACUGCUUUCGAAACCGAUACGGCUUUCACUACUGCAACAGUCAACACCACUGCGACAGACUUUGUCACUUCAACUGUCAACACUACAGCCACCGCCUUCCAGACUGACACAGUGACUUCGACUAUUAAUACUACUGCUACUGCUUUCGAGACCGAUACAGUGACUUCGACUGUCAAUACUACGGCCACUGCUUUCGAGACCGAUACAGCCUUCACCACUGCAACGGUCAAUACUACCGCAACAGUCAACACCACAGCUACAGCCUUCCAGACUGAUACGGUGACCUCAACUGUCAACAGUACUGCCACAGUCAACACGACGGCCACGGCUUUCCAGACCGACACUGUUUUCACCACUGCAACUGUCAAUGCUACUGACACAAGCACGGCCACUGUGACAACAACACAAACUGUCUUUGUAACAGCUACCGAAACUCCCACUGAUGUGACAUCUACAGAGACCAGCACCGAGACUCAGACUAUCGAUGCGACUUCUGUAGUGACUGACACUGUUGACUCAACAUCUACAGUAGUUGUUACUGCCACUGUGACAUCCACUGUUGAUCCCGCAUCCACAAGCGCCAGCGUGACUCCUUCGUCUUCUCCCGCCGCUUCACCAGCCCCUGCUUCUUCCGACCCAGCCAGUGCUUCUGGAGCCGCAACUACUACAACCGUAGUAGUAGCUACAACGGAUACUACGAGUGCCGCUAGCUCACCUGUUGCUUCAGCGGCUACUUCUUCUCCCGCAGCGGCUUCCUCUGACACUACAUCCGCAGCUACUGGAGCCGCUUCAGGGGCUGCCACUACCACGACCACAGUAGCAGCACCUGUGGGUACUACUAGCGAUCCUGUUGCUUCAGACCCUACGUCAUCCCCAGCACCGGUCUCUUCUGAUUCAACUUCUGCCACCGCUACUGGAACUGUCACAACUACCGUUACUACAGUUGCUACAACAGCCCCUGUUGCCGAAGACUCAACUUCGUCAGCAGACCCUUCGUCUGCUGCCAUCACUUCUGCAGAGCCUUCUGCUGAUCCUACUGAUUCUGCAGAGCCUACUGCAGAUUCUACUGAUUCUGCGACUGAAACAGCCACCACUUCAUCGGCUGUCGAUGGCGCCCCCGUCGAUGACACUCCUACGACUUCAUCAGCUAGCCCCGCGGGUACUACGACUGCAACCACUACUGUUGACCCCGCUACCUCCACCGGCGCCUAG